AUGUACGGCCCAACGCGCGAUGACUAUCGCGACCACACAUUCUCUUACAAGACUCCUUCACCUCAUGCGCAGAGCGUUUCACUUCCUCGGCCUUCAUUAGAACUUAGUUCAUACGACACUCGUUUUUCAACAUAUUCACGAAGUUCCAAGUGUGGCUUGGUGGACCAUCCCGAUCCUAACCCUCCCCAGCGGACACAACCUCUCGACAGCCAUGGUCCAAUUGGAACACAAAAUGCAUGGUGCAAACAACAAUUCAAAGGAUGGAGGAGAUUACUUCUUGGUUCAGGGCUCAACUUGCUUCUUGUUGUAGUCCCAAUCGCUUGGAUAUUAAGUAUUCGAUUCAAGGAACAACUGCCCGGAUUGGUGUUCAUAUUUUGCAUCAUCGCUCUCAUUCCUCUCAUCAAGAUGCAUGAAGUGGCGACCCGGGAACUAUCUCUUCGUAUAGGUGGUUCCAAGGCUGGACUGAGCAACGUAGUCGAAAUUGUGGUUGCCGUUAUUGCGCUCCGCAAAUGUGAGCUCAGGGUAGUUCAGUCAUCGCUAAUCGGUUCAAUAUUAAGUAAACUCCUCCUCAUUCUUGGGCUGUCCUUCUUUGCGGGAGGGAUGCGGUCAUCCGAACAGUCAUUCGACGUCACCACGAACCAGAUCAAUUCGUCGCUUCUUACUGUCAGCGUGGGUGUUCUGGUCUUUCCUGCAGCAUUUCACUUUGCUUUGAGUGGAAAUAUGGAUGGCAUAACUUUGCCUCUGGGACAGCAGGCCGACAUCCUUAAGAUGAGCCGUGGGGUCUCAAUCGUCCUAAUGUCUAUAUAUAUGCUAUACCUUCUCUUCCAGCUAGUCUCCCAUUCUCAUCUCUAUGAAGACCUUCAUAAAAAGAACCGGCGGUUAUCGAUGGCAAUUCACUCGGAGGCAGAGAAACUCAAGACGAAGCUUCUGCACCGUCCUUCGUUGCACCCAAGGCCUUUGAGAAGCAAACGGUGGAACGAUGCCCAGUCCACCUUCCCGGGUCACUCAUAUACUGGUUCCCCGUCUCACUCGCUUGCACGGACAAGAGACACGAGUUCCCACCAAACCACUCCUGAUAUAAGCGUUGCACCCGAGGUGAUUGUGUCUAGUAACCGCAGUUUCGUUGCCGAUCAUCCCGUGCAUUUCAAUACUGUCGAACGUCACCUCUCGAAUACUAAGCCCAGUGGUACCACUUUCCAGAGCGCUCGUCCUGGAGAUGCGUACGUACAUCACGGGAGCCACGUAGAUCUAGAGAAGGGAUCCAUGCCACAUCGAGAACCUGAAAUCAGUUGGUUCUUGAUCACCAUUUCACUCAUUUUUGUGACUGUGGCUGUCGGUUUCACUGCGGACUGGUUAGUGGAAUCGAUGGACGGUAUUUCCAAAACUCUCAACAAAUCAUGGAUCGCACUCGUUCUGUUACCCGCCGUGAGUUCUAUCGCAGAAUGCAGCACCGCUAUCGGCGCGUCAGUCGAAGAUCAGUUGACGCUGAGCAUCAAUGUGGCUGUUGGUUCUUCUAUCCAAACCGCAUUCUUCGUCUUACCGCUGAUGGUUAACAUUGCUUGGAUGAUGGGGAAACCUCUGUCCCUACUGUUCGACCCGUUCGAAGCGCUGAUUCUCUAUAUCUCUGUGCAAACCAUGUCUCACGUUGUUGGUGAUGGGAAAUCAAACUGGCUGGAAGGCGCUAUCUUGAUCUGUCUCUACAUCAUUGUUGCUGUUUGUCUGUGGUUCUACCCAGGUUCAUCUCUUCCGAAUUCUCUUUCCAUGUGCACAUAA